GACUCAUCUCGGGCUGAGCGCAGGGGCUCCGAGCGAAGCGGAGAGCCAGCGAGCGGCGCUCGGCGGAGGCACAGGGAGACGGAGACGGGGGGGAAGCCGGGCCGAUAAGGAGCGAGACGCGCGGACAGGCCAGGCCGGCCGGUGGCCGAGCGGGCGCCCGGACAGGGGCGCGGGUCGGGCCGUCGCGGCCGCGGAGCGCUCGGAUCGCCCGCACGCCUGGCACCCCGGGCCGGGCUCGGGCUCCUUCCUCCUCGCCCGGUGUCCGAGCUCCGAAACUCGGCCGGACGCGCGGCCACAGGAAGUUUAUUCUCAGCUCCCUCUCUCGAAGGAGGAAAUAGAAGUUUCUCCGCGCGCGGGCAGCCUACUGCUGGGGCCCUGUCCGCCCGGCGUGCCCUCGGGGGGCUGCCAGGCUGCCAGCUUUUUUUUUUUUUUCCUUCUCCGUUGCCCCCUUUUGGCCUGGGCCCGGGCGGUCCCAGUGGCGGCGGCGGCGGCGGCGGCGGCUCGGGCUGCGCGCGGGGGCGGGAGGGCGCGCGCAGGGGAGGGACCCAGGGACGCGCCGACUUUUUUAGAGGGAGGGACUGGGUGGACCACGGUUCCCGCGGCGCUCGGACGGCCAGAGAGGAGUGCGGCGCGCGGCGCUCGGGGACCACAGUUCCCAGGGGUCGGACCGCCGCCCGCGGGGAGAAGCCCCCGGGAGCGCAGAGCCGGGCGAGCCGGGAGGCGAGCGCGCAGCAGCCGGUGCGCGGCGGCGAGGGCGGGGGAAGGAAGACACCCUGUUUCCUCUCGGGCCCCCACCGCGGAUCAUGUACCAGGAUUAUCCCGGGAACUUUGACACCUCGUCCCGGGGCAGCAGCGGCUCUCCUGCGCACGCCGAGUCCUACUCCAGCGGCGGCGGCCAGCAGAAAUUCCGGGUAGAUAUGCCUGGCUCGGGCAGCGCUUUCAUCCCCACCAUCAACGCCAUCACGACGAGCCAGGACCUCCAGUGGAUGGUGCAGCCCACGGUGAUCACCUCCAUGUCCAACCCGUACCCCCGCUCGCACCCCUACAGCCCCCUGCCGGGCCUGGCCUCUGUCCCCGGGCACAUGGCCCUCCCGAGACCCGGCGUGAUCAAGACCAUCGGCACCACCGUGGGCCGCAGACGGAGAGACGAGCAGCUGUCUCCCGAGGAGGAGGAGAAACGUCGAAUCCGGAGGGAGAGGAACAAGCUGGCCGCCGCCAAGUGUCGGAACCGACGCCGAGAGCUGACGGAGAAACUGCAGGCUGAGACAGAGGAGCUGGAGGAGGAGAAGUCGGGCCUGCAGAAGGAGAUCGCCGAGCUGCAGAAGGAGAAGGAGAAGCUGGAGUUCAUGCUGGUGGCGCACGGGCCCGUGUGCAAGAUCAGCCCCGAGGAGCGCCGGUCGCCCCCGGCCCCCGGGCUGCAGCCCCUGCGCGGCACAGGAGUGGGCGCGGGCUCCGUGGUGGUGAAGCAGGAGCCCCUGGAGGAGGACAGCCCCUCGUCCUCCGCCGCGGGGCUGGACAAGGCCCAGCGCUCCGUCAUCAAGCCCAUCAGCAUCGCGGGGGGCUUCUACGGGGAGGAGCCCCUGCACACCCCCAUCGUGGUCACCUCCACGCCAGCCAUCACUCCGGGCACCUCGAACCUCGUCUUCACCUACCCCAGCGUCCUGGAGCAGGAGUCCCCGGCGUCACCCUCCGAGUCGUGCUCCAAGGCGCACCGCAGGAGCAGCAGCAGCGGGGACCAGUCCUCGGACUCCUUGAACUCGCCCACCCUGCUGGCUCUGUAACGCCUCCCCGGCCCCGCGCCCACCACCCCAGGACCCGGCACGAGGGGGACCCUGGCAGAGAGCUCCCUGCAGGGGGGGGAGGCCAGGUGGGACGUGGCUGUGAGGAGUGAGUGAGGGGCGCACCGGGGGACUCGGAAGAUCGCCCCCCCACCCCCACCCUUCAUCCUGCAGAGCAAAUCCUGUUUCUUGAAAAGCCUCGGAGAACUGGGUGUGGUGGACUCGGGCCUCGCUCUGGCCUCUGCCGGGCCUGGGCGGGGUGGACCCACGGCUGUCCCUGGGUGACGCUGGAGGUACCCCGCCCCGCCCCGCCACGCAUGCUCAGUGCCUUGGUCACGCCUCUCCCCCUCGGGGGCCCCUCCCUUCCCACCCCCCACCCAGGGUCAGUUUUCACGUCUUUGGGUUUUUAUCCAGUUUGCCAUGACAUUUCAUGGGGAAGGGGGGGGUCGGGCGGGGGGAGGGGGGGUGCGGUGUGAACAAUCAAGCGCUUCGCGUCUGGAGAGGAGGCCGCCGGGGACUUUUCUGCUGGGGCCGACUUGUCCAGAGAGGACAGUCCAUGUGCAAUAUAGGACCUUCCCGCCCCCGGACGCUCGCCGGCCCCCGCACCAUCUCCAGACCCAGCGGUGAGGCCCAGAGCGGCCCCCACCGAGGCGCAGCCGACCGACACCCCUCCCCCCCCGGGGAGGGGGAGCAGCAGCGGGGCUGCAGGACAAGGGCGUGAGGGCGACAGGGAGGGCACAGGUCGGGUUUGCCAAGUGCCUAAUUACCAGGCCAGGAAUAGUGCCAGCCAGGCCUCCCGGUGCCCUCGCCAGCUUCCCCGCGCCCUGUGUCUUGAGCGGGCCUCGCCUCCUGUAAUUACCGCUCGCCCGCCUGCCCGGACCCUCCUCUGCAGCCCGGGGCCGCGGCCCCGCCCUCUGCCUCCUCCCGGGCGCUCCCACCCACGGAGGUUUAAUGAGCUUGGCCUGGACCCUCCCCAAGCCACCCGGGAGCCUGUGCUGAGGAUGGGAGGAGGGGAGGGGGGCGGGGCUGGAAGCAGCUGGAGCGGACUCCCGGGCCUGCUGAAUGCGGAGCUUUCCCUCCACGCCUGCCCCCUGCCCGCCCGUGGGCCCAGCCCGCGUGAUCCGUGGCCCGGGAUCUCUUGCUCGAGGCUUCGGUUCCGCCUGGGAAGCUGUGCUCUUCCCUCAGAGGAAAGCUGCACCCUCUCUCUCGGCUGGGUGAGGGUGGGAAGGGGGUCUUUGCCCGGCCUUCCUCUCCCCUGCUCUGUAAUUCCCCACUGCAGAGGCCUCCCCCUUCCCUCCUCCCCCGCCUCCCAGCCUGCUGUCCUGGCUCCAGGGAUGUGGUAGGAGAAUCCACAGCUGUCUACUUACUUGAACCCAAGCUUCCGUCUAACUUAGGCUUCAGAGUUGAGCUCUUUGCUUUCCUGUUCCUUCACGCAGCCCCCCCCCCACCCCCCAGCCCCAAGACCUCCCAUGCUGGUUCUUAUUCAACGUCCAUUCAGCUUAGCACCCGGGUGAGCCCGGGGUGUCCCUGGAAGGGAGGGGGAAGGAUUGGCCACCUGGGAAGAAAAUACGGCUUUUGUCUGAAAACGCGUAAAAGCUCCAUUCCUUGGCUCUGAUGCCUCCUGGUCUCCCAGAGGUGCUGGUGGGAUCGGACACUCCUUAGACUGCGGGACCAUCAGGUGUCAGAUUAAUCCUGAAGACGGAAGCCGUGGGGAGGAGCAGGAGGUGGGCGAAGCCAGCUGGGCUGUGCCCGGCUGCGAAGGUGCCAUCAUGCCAAACUGUCUGGCCCGCUGAGCGCUUUGUAUAAAGGCAGCCGUGGGGAGAGUUGUCUAAAGAGGCUAUGUUCUGGGUGGUUCUUUAAAAAGCACCCCGCUCCCCGCCGCUGUGCACAGCCCUAACCCCUAGCCAGGUCACUGCCAGUGACCCAGGCCAGCCUGGACAUUCCCGAGAUGUCUGCUCUCAAGCUGGGAUGGCUCUGGGACCCUCAGAGGACACCGGCCCUCAGGACUUUGAAGCCUGCCAGACUUUGGAGCUGCAUUUUCGUUCAGAGACUUCUGCCUUUGCUCUAAGAUGCCGUGUGGCUCCCUGUCCCCUCACCCUGCAGUCAGAGGUCAUCUGGGGAGGAGGACUGUGGGCAGCCAAGGUACUUCCUUCUGGCCCGGUUACCCCAGCUCCCUGCAGGCCCUCUGACUCCCGGGCUGCUGCGUGCCUGUGGCCCAGCUGAGGGCUUGGCUGCAGGGAGGAGGUGCCCUGCCCUGGGCUCCCUGGAGGGAAUCUCGCCCCCUGGAGCUCAGAGCUGACCUCCUCUGGGCUGCGUGGAGCGGGGCCAGCUGCGGGCCCAGGAAAGGACCCAGAUGGCAGGGGGCGAAGAGGCAGGACUCUUAGUGUUGCCUGUGCCAACACUAAGCCGAAAACCCUGCGGGUGGGAGGGGUCGGAAAGAGAUGCCUUGUGCUCCAGUCACACGGUGCAGAGCCAGGAGCCCUCAGUGGCCGCCGUGGCUGGCCCUGGGCGGAGACCUCGGGGGACGCUGUCUGCUGGCGUCCUGGGGCUCCAGGGGAAAGGGUGGGUUCAGCCGUCUCCACCAUGGGCCUCGCUCUCUCCUAGCCGCCUCCUCUAAUCUCCGCACUCCCCUGCAGGUUUGGCCUCUGCCCAGCCCCCGGGGGCCAGUGCUUGAGGAUGAGACUAAGGCACUCGGGGGUCCCCUCGAAAGGCUCCUCAGCGGUUAAGCACCCACACCUGGGGCUACUGGGGUCUUCCCUCAAAGAUCCGAAGCAAGAUUGCCUUUAGUCGGAGGUUUGUCCUCAAAGAUCAUUCCCCUCCGAUAAAUCGCCCCCCCCCCCGACCCCGUUUUAAAUUUCUUUCCCCUCUACCCCCUCGCAUUCCGCAGAUGGUUGGAGGGGUCUCCCGAGUCCUUCUAGAAUUUGUGGACCAAUAGGAUAUGUGAUGUGUGUAACUGCCUCUUAAAAGUUAAGUAAAGGGGGCUUGCUACUUUCUAUUUGUUGAGUCUCCUUGGUAUUCAUCUUACAAGCCAGCAUCUCACUAUUUAUUGAUGUGUGUGUGUGUGUGUGUGUAUGUGUGUGUGUGGUGUGCGCGCGCGCGUGCACGCAUGUACCUUUCCAGGUGUGCCCACAUCCUCCUGCGACUUUAGACAAGGAACCCAGACACCCCACUCCUAAAUGCCAUAUACUUGUGCUUCGAGGGUUAUGGGCACACACACCCCCAACACUGGGUUUUUACCAUCCAGUGCUGGCUUGUGUGGAAGGAGCUGGGUCAGACUUCGACGAGAGAUGGGAAGGGGAGGGGAGGCAAAAAUCAACCUUUAUUUUAUUAUUUAUUUUCAAUGUUUACAUCUUUGUGUUGUACCAAGCCGGACUAGAAACAGAUAGCAUUAAAAUACUCAGUUCUCUCUCCCUCUCUCUUUCCUGUUUGUUUUCCCUUUUUUUUUUAAAAAAAAACUUAGCCUAAUGAUGCUUUUUUUGUUGUUGUUCCUAAAAUGAUUUGUGACUUGUGCUGUAUAAACUGUAUAAAAUGGUUCUGUUUUUAAAAACGAUGGAUUGUCGUGCCUCUGGGGACAGUGGUCACCCAGCAGUCGAUAUUGUAGAAGAACACGAGGGCAGACCCUGUCCUGUUCUCAGAAACUUAUUUUCUUUGUAUGAUGAAAAGUUUAUUCCAUUUAUUUUAGUUAUGUGGUUGCUUGAUGUUGAGGAAGAAAUUAUUUGCCUUUGUAUAAAGAGUAGGUAUCUGGGUGUUUUUUUUUUCUGCCGUGGGAGAAGUGUACAUAGUAUUUUGGUAGAGUGGGAAAUCAUAAGCCUGUGCAUCUGUAUUUGAGAUACGUCAAAUGAUGUGGAAUAGUGUCUACUCUCAGAUCCUGGAGGGAAACCUAUUGUACAAGAUUUCUAGAGCUUUGGGGGGGAUUUGAAUGACCUUUUCUGAGCACCUUUUCCCGUUUUUUAAAAAAAGUAUUGGUGAAACGGUCCCUUUGGAGUAAUUCUCUCUAGCCAGGACCAAGAGCUAGCCAGCGUCUUUGUAUAGUUCUGAACCUCGAGGAGUAACUGGUCUGAAACAUCUCUGGUGGUGUGUGUUGUUUUGUAUUUUACUGUAAUACAAGCCUGCAGUAUUUGCACUAAAGAAAGUUUGUUAGGAAAGCUUGCUGCUAUGGAAGAAAGAACAUAUUAAAACUUUUUGUUCCUUUGCGUUUUUUUUUUUUGUUAGUUUUUCCACUCUCGAUUGAGUAGCAUUUUGUAGAAUAAAAUGAAUUAAGAUGGAA